AUGUGGUGGUUGAUACGAGCAUUCGACUAUGGGUGCGGUUGUGAGGAAGAUGAUGUUGAUGAAUUGGAAGGUGGAACUUAUCUCAUUGAAUGUUUAUGCAUUGAGGAGAAAACGGAUGAAGGUGCAACAGAGUUUGAAGAAAAGGGAAUUGACACACUGGAUGAUGUCAGUUGCGACAUUCGCCUGCAAGAUGGUGGUGAGGCGUAUGAUGAAGUGUUAAUGCAAGAGGUUGGGAUUGUGAUGUAUAUGGCAGGCGGUGUUGGAGUUAUUGGUGCUGGACGCGAGUGUGAGUGCCGCGUCGCUGUUUCCAAUGCCAAUGCAAUGAGCGAAACAGGUUGCGGCCGUACCCAUUCCUGUUCACUGAUCCACAUGAUGAACGAAGUUAACUUCCUCUGCGUUUGA